AUGGUUGGUUUCUCCCUCGACACUGUCCGGGGGCGUAUUCGUAAACAACAACAUCCAGCCGCGAAGUUUACCAGCAAGUCACUUAAGAAAUUUUGCCACAAGGUUAUCGAGGAGUUGAAGGCACAGAAUGCUGCACAGGAACAACAGCCAGCAGACGCUAUGCCACCUGUUCCUGCAUCACAGAAUCUUGAUUUCCCCACAGCUACAAUUCAAGGGCCAAGUCACUCACCAGCUAAGAAAAAAUGGUUUUUGAACUCUGAUUGGGAGCCUAAAUUUUCGUGGGUCAGUUAA